GUCUCCCGGGGCAGCUGGCAGAGGGGGACUCAGGUUCCGCCCCCACCCCCCAACCUGAGUGAGAAACCCUAGUGGGAUAUGACCUCUUUACACCUGGCAGGGGUGUAUGAGGGGGUGGUUAGCUGGUGGGGGCCCGGGCUGGGGGUUCGGGCUGCACAGAAGCCCAAAGUGGUUUCUCGGACCCCGGUUCUUCAUCUAGAACCAGUUUUCUGGUGGCUUUGGGACCUGAGGCCUUGUAGGUGGCCCGGGCCUUGGCGUCCAUCGGCACAUCCCCAGGGUCUGGAGAGGCGCGAGGCCACGCACCCUGCACAGGGCGCCGGCGGCGAUGCCGGACCCCGCGGCGCACCUGCCCUUCUUCUACGGCAGCAUCUCGCGCGCCGAGGCCGAGGAGCACCUGAAGCUGGCGGGCAUGGCCGACGGGCUCUUCCUGCUGCGGCAGUGCCUGCGCUCGCUGGGCGGCUACGUGCUCUCGCUGGUGCACGAAGUGCGCUUCCACCACUUCCCCAUCGAGCGCCAGCUCAACGGCACCUACGCCAUCGCGGGCGGAAAGGCGCACUGCGGCCCGGCUGAGCUCUGCGAGUUCUACUCGCGCGACCCCGACGGGCUGCCCUGCAACCUGCGCAAGCCUUGCAACCGGCCGUCGGGGCUCGAGCCGCAGCCCGGGGUCUUCGACAACCUUCGCGAUGCCAUGGUGCGCGACUACGUGCGCCAGACUUGGAAGCUGGAGGGCGAGGCCUUGGAGCAAGCCAUCAUCAGUCAGGCACCCCAGGUGGAGAAGCUCAUUGCCACAACAGCUCACGAACGGAUGCCCUGGUACCACAGCAGCCUGACGCGCGAGGAGGCCGAGCGCAAACUCUACUCGGGCUCCCAGACCGACGGCAAGUUCCUGCUGAGACCCCGGAAGGAGCCGGGCACGUACGCACUGUCUCUGAUCUAUGGGAAAACUGUGUACCACUACCUCAUCAGCCAGGACAAGGCGGGCAAAUACUGCAUUCCCGAGGGGACCAAGUUUGACACACUCUGGCAGCUGGUGGAGUACCUGAAGCUGAAGGCUGAUGGACUCAUCUACUGCCUGAAGGAGGCCUGUCCCAACAGCAGCGCCAGCCCAGGGGCCGCUGCUCCUACACUCCCCGCCCACCCGUCCACUUUCACCCAGCCUCAGAGACGGAUCGACACUCUCAACUCAGAUGGAUAUACCCCUGAACCAGCACGGUUAGUGUCCUCAGAGAAGCCGCGAACGAUGCCCAUGGACACCAGUGUCUACGAGAGCCCCUACAGCGACCCCGAGGAGCUCAAAAACAAGAAGCUCUUCCUGAAGCGUGAGAACCUCCUCAUGGCUGACAUCGAACUUGGCUGCGGCAACUUUGGUUCAGUUCGCCAGGGCGUCUACCGCAUGCGCAAGAAGCAGAUCGACGUGGCCAUCAAAGUGCUGAAACAGAGUACGGAGAAGGCGGACAAGGACGAGAUGAUGCGGGAGGCACAGAUCAUGCACCAGCUGGACAACCCCUACAUCGUGCGGCUCAUCGGAGUCUGCCAGGCCGAGGCCCUCAUGCUGGUCAUGGAGAUGGCCGGCGGCGGACCCCUGCACAAGUUCCUGGCCGGGAGGAAGGAGGAGAUCCCCGUCAGCAAUGUGGCGGAGCUGCUGCAUCAGGUGUCUAUGGGCAUGAAGUACCUGGAAGAGAAAAACUUUGUGCAUCGUGACCUGGCGGCCCGCAACGUCCUUCUGGUCAACCGGCACUACGCCAAGAUCAGCGACUUUGGGCUCUCCAAGGCCCUGGGUGCCGACGACAGCUACUACACCGCCCGCUCAGCCGGGAAGUGGCCGCUCAAGUGGUAUGCGCCUGAGUGCAUCAACUUCCGCAAGUUCUCCAGCCGCAGUGACGUCUGGAGCUAUGGAGUCACCAUGUGGGAGGCCUUCUCCUACGGGCAGAAGCCCUACAAGAAGAUGAAGGGCCCAGAGGUCAUGGCUUUCAUCGAGCAGGGCAAGCGGAUGGAGUGCCCACCAGAGUGUCCCCCUGAGAUGUACAAGCUCAUGAGCGAUUGCUGGACCUACAAGUGGGAGGACCGCCCGGACUUCGCCGCAGUUGAACAGCGCAUGCGCACCUACUACUACAGCUUGGCGAGCAAGGCGGAGGAGCCCGGCGCUUGUGCAAAUGGGGUUGAGGCUGCGUGUCCCUGAGCUCCACCCGGCCCAGGGCCUGAGGCCCCCACGCCCCCAGCUUUUCCUCCUGUGCCCUCAGCUCUCUCCCGGGACCUUCAGGCUGGGCCCGGCCCAGUUUCUCUCUGGCCCACAUUGGUCUGGUAUUCCCAGCCCGGGCACCUGGCCUCUCUGGCUGGAGGAGGAAGCAAGACCUGAAGAAGAUGGUCCUGGACUGGAAGCUACAGAGGAGCCCUGAGCUGAGGGGGGUUGCUUACAGCUGGGACCCUCCUUCCUCUGGGUCCAGAAAGGCAGACUCUGGGAGUCCUCAGGCUGCGAGACCUGGAAUCAUUGGAAUAAACUCCAGCCUCUCCCUUGUUUGGGAUCCCUCAUCUUUCUGGGGUGGGGCUGGGAGGACCAGGAAAGGGUCAAUGCAAGGGGUCCAUGAGAAGUGCCUGAAGAAGCUGUUUUUGUGUGGGUCUGGGGGCUGCUUUUCCCACCCCUCUGCCCUGGGAACAUGUUCCUGUGAGCCUGGGGGCUGAGGGGCCAGGGUCACUGCUGACCCCAGCUGCCAGACCUUCGUGGUCGGCGUGAAAUAGAUGCUGCCCAUGUUCACUGCGUGUGAGCCAUCACCUGCAGAGACUUAAACACCCUGCUGGCACCUCCCCCCAGUCACGCCCCAACCUGUGCUCUUAAAGUCUCUUCAGGUGAUUCCGGCAUUCUGUCCCACCUACUCGGCUGCCUCCCCCUCUUCCCUGGGCCCAGGCAGUCGCAGCUGGGAAUCUUUAUCAACCUGAUGCCCCGUUGCGGACUCUGUCCCGGCUCAGUCCCGCUCCAGAGAAGACCCGUCUCCAGGCCCUCGCUGCCUCAGCUUCCCCGCGCGGAAAUUUGGGGUGCUGAAGCUCAGAACCCAACCAGGCGGGUGAAACAGAGCCAGGUCCCUGCCUCUCUUUUCUGGACUCACUCCCCCUUCCUCAACUGCAGUUAACCCCGUGCUCUGUUCCCUGGCCUCAAAGGGCCGAGGGCUCCAGGGCAGCUAUGAAUCCCCCUCAAAACCAAGGAGAUGCCAGGAGAUUUUCUGCAGCUUCAGGGAAGGUAGAUUUUCUUUCUUUUUGUAUGUGGAACUCUAGAAAGUCAGAGGCUCUUUUGUAGAACUAUAGGGUGCGGGUGGGGAGACAGGGGCUUUCGGGAUUGUGUGGAGGCUGAGCACGAGACCUGGGUGGGCGACCGGGCAGGGGACACCCAGGAGGAGGCCCCGGAACCUGGGUGAUGUGGGUGCUUUGUCAAAACCAGGAAAUUGAUGUUGGGAUUAUUAACUUAGGUAUAGACCUUACUCUGAUUUUUACCGCUUACGGAGUUAUAAUAAUUUACAUGUAAGCUUCAUGUUAGCAUAUUCUUUCAUGAACUUUGCAUUCUACCUGCAAGGUAGUUGAGAGAACGCCCAGUUUUAUAGUCAACCCCAGACACACAAACUCUCAGCUCUGUGUUUGGAGAGUAAAUCUGUCAUGGUUUGGAAUUGUUUGAGGGUUUCUAAGCGCUGCCAGACAGUAUCUUCCUGCAAAGAUUGACAACAGACAAGGAGAGCACAGCUGUUGUAAAGAUAAAGACACAAACUUGAAUUACCUCCAUUUUGUGCAGCCACUUGGAGAUUUUUAUUUGUCUUUAAAAUUUAAAGCUGUGAAGGCUUGCAAACCAUGCGAUAUUCUUUUAUUUGGUAAAUGUACAUAUUAGUUUGUAAACUGUAUUACUGACUUUAACACCAUUAAAAUGCAAAAAUUGUUUUUUAACUUUUCAAGUGAAUGAACAAAUCAACAAAAGUUACAUCAAUAGUACUGUUUUGUGGCUUCCCAAGUUGUACUGUUUGCAGGUAUUUUAGUUUUGUUAAACCACUUGUUAUUCCUGGAUAAUUAUUUACAUUGUUACAUAAAGUAUUAUAUCAAAAGGGAAAACA